CGGGGACGGUCUGGGCGAAGGGAAAAAAGAAAAAUGGCGACGCUCGGAGGGAUCAGUGCAGCACAGCACAAGAAGAACGUCUCCGACGGGACCGGCGACAUGUCGGAAUUCGUCUGCCCCGUUUGUCUGGAGAUCUUCGACAGUCCCGUGACCACACAAUGCAGCCACACGUUCUGCCACAGUUGUUUGCAGGAGUGUUUGCGCCCACAGAAGCCCGUCUGCGCCGUGUGCCGGGCCGGGCUCGGCCACUGGACUAAAGCCGCGGAGCUCGAGCUAAAGAUCCAGUCGUCCGUGGCCGCUUGCAAGGGGUGCGGAGCGCAGGUCCGCCUUUCUCAGAUGAGAAGCCACACGGCUGCCUGCUCAAAAUUCCAGGAAUACAUUGAGGAGGGAGUGAGGACCACUGCCCAAAGCCAGCCCGCCAUCAUCAGUCCGGUACCGAACCGCUUCACCUUCACCUGCCCGUACUGCAGCUGCCAGAACCUGGACCAGGACGGGCUGGUGGAGCACUGCACCUCCCAGCACACGCGCGACGCACGCCAAGUGGUGUGUCCCAUCUGUGCCUCGAUGCCGUGGGGAGACCCGAACUACCGGAGCGCCGACUUCUUCCAGCACCUGAAGAUCAGACACACCUUCUCCUACGACACCUUUGUUGAUUACGCCACGGACGAGCAUACGAUGAUCCAGGAGGCGAUACAGCGCUCCCUGCUGGACAACUGAGGCGCACAGGACAAUCCACAUGGAGGCGGGACUCCAACGAAGGGGGGAGGGGGGGCGGAGCCGGAAGCGCACUGUGACGCCACGCAUCCGUCACGGGAGGAUGGCGGCGGUGGUGGUGCGGUACUACGAUGGGUAACCAGCUUCACCGGGGGGGGUGAUCUAUAGGUUUAUUAUUCCGAAAAUAAAUCCUGCAAUAUGGUUUCAAGGAGAGAAAGGGAAAACCGCAUCUAGUACUGUAAGAUUUAGGAGUGAUACUGUGUUUCUGCUCUCUUAUUCCCCCCCCACACCCACCACCUAAAGUUGAGUCAGUUGAGUUGACAGUCGGUCUAAUAUCUACUAGAGUUCAGACAUGACGCGCCGUCAUAGAGCCAAAAACUUCCAAAGUUGUGAUUAAAUCCCCCCCCCCCCCCUGUCGUCAAUACUUGAUGUAAUAAGAGGGUUCGACCACUAGGUGGCUAAACUGUUGCCGGCUAACUGGCUGGAGGCGUUUCAAGUAACGAUAAUGUGUAAUAACUCUAGAGUUUACUCUCCAGACGUUCUCACGUUCUUGGUAAAGUGUGAGAGAGAGAGAGAGAGUGUAUAUGUGUGUGUGUAUAUGUGUGUGUGUUUGUGUUCUGUUUUUUUUCAGAGAUCUACUGGAAAUAAUAAAUACUAAGAGGGUCAAACUGGAGCCCGACGCUGGCUGCUUCAUUGUGGUGUUUCCCUUGCGUCUGCCUGCUGGUAGAUCUCGUCUCUGACUUCCAGAACUCUCCGUAGGGCUAACCGUUCACCGGGCGCCGCGCGGCAGGAGAGCGCCGCCGCGGCGCCGCGUCGCUUCUGUGAUCGUUCUUCUCUCUUUUCUCUUUAAAAAACAUAUUUCUUUGGGGUCAUUUCGGCGAGAUUAUUCUUUUCUUUUCCCUUCACGUGUCCGUCCACCAGGGGGCAGUAGAGCUCCGCACAGUUCAUCAUUCUGUUCAUGUGCUUCAGUCAGUGUCUCCAGCUGCAGGUUUCUGGAGGCCGUUGUUUUAUGAGUAACUAUACAUUUCUACAUUUAACGACGAGAUAUGAAUUUAAAGAUUUCUUUGUUUUUAAAUGUAACUCACGGUUGUGUUUUCUCUGGUUGAUUUCUUAUUGUUUUUAUGACUUGAAUGCUUCAUCACAACCGACGGAGAAAAAAAAAAGACAUGACUCGAAUAAAAAAAGAAUUCUAAUUAUUA